CCGGUUCCCCCCGCCUCUCCGCUCGUGGCCCUGGCGGGAGUGGGUGUGUCGGCGCGGGGCAGCGCUGCCUCGUAGUCGCGGCUCGUGCGCACUCUGAAAAAGAGGAAAAAGUUGAGGAUGAGUUCAGAGUGAGCGCGGCCCGCCUCGGAGCCACUUCAAGCGGCCAGGGAUGGCAGUCUGGACCCGAGCGGACAAGAACGGCCAGCUGGACCUGCUGCUCCGGGACCGCUGGAUCCGAGUGGCCGCGGAGCUCACCCGGGAAACGCUCACUUUGACGGCCGAGUCGGAGGCGAGCGGAGCUGGGGCCAAUCACUGGGACUACAGCAACUCUCCGGCGGGCCUGCGGAAUGGCAUGUCGAACGGAAACGACCCGGGAGCGAGUCCCGGGAGCCGCGCUCCGUCCUCCGGCCAGGACCAGCUCCACAACCAGCACCACGGGGGCCGGGGGCGCAGCGGCAGCCCGGGGCGCAACCCCGGGGCUGCCGGCCGGGGUCAGUACGACGGUCCCAACAGCCCCGGGAAGUACCCGAAUAACGGCACUAACUCUGACUUUGGCAGCCCGGGCUCCAGCUACGGCAGCCCCGGGUCCAGCUUCGGGUCCAGGCAGGGCGAGUUCCCGGUCAGUCUGGACGGCUCCUCGGAGGCGGUGCGCAAAGUCCGGGUGGUCAAGCAGGAGUCCGGGGGUCUGGGGAUCAGCAUCAAGGGGGGGCGGGAGAACCGCAUGCCCAUCCUCAUCUCCAAGAUCUUCCCGGGGCUGGCCGCGGACCAGAGCCGCGCGCUCCGGGUGGGGGACGCCAUCCUGUCGGUGAACGGGAACGACCUCCGGGAGGCGACGCACGACCUGGCGGUGCAGGCGCUGAAGAAGGCGGGCAAGGAGGUGACGCUGGAGGUGAAGUACAUCCGCGAGGUGUCGCCGCUCUUCAAGAAGCCGUCGCUGGUGGCCGACCUGCCGUGGGAGGGCGUCCGGCCGCAGUCGCCCGGCUACAGCAGCAGCGAGGACUCGGGCUCGCCCAAACAUGGCAGCUCCUCGUCCAAAGACCGCAAAGUCAUCAGCCUGAAGAUGUGCUUCAUCAGCAGGAACCUCACCAUGCCCGACCUGGAGAACAGACUGCUGGAGCUCCACUCCCCGGACGGUCAGCACACCGUGGUCCUGCGCUGUAAAGACGGGCCCACCGCCAACUCCUGGUUCACCGCCGUGCACACCAACAUCGCCGCCCUGCUGCCGCAGACGCUCGCUCACGUCAACGCCUACCUGGGCGCCUCCUCCUCCGCCUCCACACACCCCCACCUUAAACACAUCGGCUGGCUCGCUGAACAGGUGCAGCUGGAAGGCGGACGGCAGCAGUACCGGCCGGUGGUGAUGGCGCUGACGGAGAAAGACAUCCUGCUGUUUGAGUCGGUGCCGUGGAGCCGGGAGUCCUGGUCCAUGCCGCUGCUCACACACCCUCUGCUCGCCACCAGGCUGGUCCACUCGGGCAGUGCCCGGGGUUCUCCGGCUCAGGGCUCGGACCUGGUGUUCGCCACGCGGACCGGCACGGGCCGAGGCAUCGAGUCCCACAUCUUCCGGGUGGAGACCCACUGGGACCUGUCCUCGUGGACGCGAGCUCUCGUGCAGGGAGCGCACGCCGCCGCCGAGCUCAUCAAGGAGGUCUCCAUCGGCUGCACGUUGAACCGACAGGACGUCCGGCUGACGCUGCACUACGAGAAAGGCUUCACUGUGACCAGGGAGCCGGUCGACACCGCGGGGGGCGCCAUACUCUUCAGAUACCCCUACGAGAAACUCAAAAUGUCUGGCGACGAUGGGAUACGCAACCUGUACCUUGAUUUUGGCGGUCCGGAGGGGGAAAUGGUGUUUGACCUCCACUCGGGUCCGAAGCCGGUGGUCUUCGUCCUUCACUCCUUCCUGUCAGCCAAGCUCACCAGGAUGGGCCUCCUGACGUGAAUCGGCUGUAGUGGCGCCGACCAGAGGAUGUUUUUCUUUUUUGUAAUUAUUAUUUUAGCUUGUUUUUUUUUUUUUUGUUUCCAUUCCCGGCUGAAGCUAGGCCUGAGGUAGUGCUGCGGGGGAUCUUUGAACCCAGGAGAUUGUCUCAGAAACUGUGCCUUCUCCUCCAGCUUCUCCUGCAGGUCCAAAGGAAGUGAGGGGCAAAAAGUCGCUGUUAACAAUCUCGUAACAUUCCACGUGAUCAUGUUUUUUAAUGUUGGUGCGUUCAUGACCAACUGGGAAAUUCGAAAGCUCCCACUUUUUAGUGGGGGGAAAAAGAAAACACAUCUGGGCAGUCAAACUCUCACAAAACUGACGUUUUCUGAGUUUGAGGCUGUAUUUUACCCACUGGGAAGUUUCACAAAACAUUCAACUCAAACUCUGAGCUUCCCACUAGGGAAGUGGGAAUUUCCCAAAUGGAAAGUGAGGAUUUCUGCGUUAAACACGCAGGUUACAUCCUCUCAGAGGUUGAACCUUUCCCUAUCAGAAGUGGUCGUAAAAAGGAAUCUGUAACAUUCUCCUCACAGGCAGAGUGGGAAGUUCCCACGUGGGUUUUACCCAUUUGGGAGUCUGACGUAUGUAUCUGAAACUUCAUCAAUCUGAAACAAUGACAACAAACACCUGUCAACCUGAGCUGAAAAACUAGGAAUUUCCAUUUAUUGAAGUUCAGGUUGUUUUCACCUCAGUUUUCUUUUUCUGUUUUUUUUUUUUUUUCUUUUCAUCAAGUUUUAUUCUCAAAAUUCAGAAGUAUGAAGUGCUGCGAGGAAUACCUCCGAUCCAUCCUUCCUCAUUUAUUCCUGGAACUCACCCAGGAACCGGUAUCUCCUGAAGAUAGACUGUCAUAAACAAAUCAUAUUGAAAGUAAAGUUUAAAUAACCGUAUUUGAUUAACCUAGCCCGUAGUCGGCUAGCUGCAGAGCUAACAGCAGUAUUUACGUAUGUCUGGAAGGUGAUCAAUAAUAGCGACUCCUUCAUGUGUUAUCUCAUAAUUUUUACAGUUUAUUUAGAAAGAUAAUUCAGGAAAUACAUAAAUAUUUUGUAUGUUAAUACACACGGAUAAAGUGUUGACUGCAUUGUAAGUCCUUAAUGGGAAAUGGGACUUUCCCAGCUGGUAACUUUCCGAUUUCCCAGGUGAAUGAACGCGCCACUCCUUUACAUUUGUGCGAUAUGAUGUUAUAUAUAUAUAU